GGCUGUGACGUCACCGCGCUUGCGCUUUAGCGCCAGAGCAGCUUCCUGAUGUUUUGCUGUUUUGAGUGAAAACGCCACCAAUCUUGUUGUUCAUUCAGGUUAAAACAGAAGACUCGCGGACCCGGACUUGGUUUAGGGGGUUAAAGCAAGGCCGCAGCGGGUGAAAUGUCUGCGGGCUCCGGUAGCAGAACCACGGAACCGUGGGGUGGUUUCGACGACAACAUCAUGCAGGGCACCGGGUCAGCGGUCAUUGACAUGGAGAACAUGGACGACACAUCGGGCUCCAGCUUUGAGGACAUGGGUGAGAUGCACCAGAGGAUGGAGGAGGAGGUAGCGGAAGAGGCUGCAGCUGCUGAGGAUGACAACCCAGAGGAUGAAGAGUUUCUGGGUAUGAAGGGUAUGAAAGGUCAGCUGGGUCGGCAGGUUGCAGAUGAGGUGUGGCGGGCAGGGAAGCGCCAGGCCUCCAAAGCCUUUAACCUCUAUGCCAACAUCGACAUCCUAAGGCCGUACUUUGAUGUAGAGCCCAUCCAGGUCCGCAGCAGGUUGAUUGAAUCUAUGAUUCCAGUCCGCAUGAUUAACUUUCCACAGAAAAUUGCAGGUGAGCUGUACGGACCUCUGAUGCUGGUCUUCACGCUGGUCGCCAUCCUGUUGCAGGGCAUGCAGACGUCAGGGACCACCAUCAGGAAUGGAACUCUGAUGGGCACAGCCAUAGGAACAUGUUUUGGUUACUGGCUCGGUGUUUCCUCCUUCAUCUACUUCUUAGCCUACCUGGUCAACGCUCAGAUCACAAUGCUGCAGAUGCUGUCCCUGAUGGGUUAUGGUUUGUUUGGUCCCUGCGUCGUCCUCCUCGUCACCUACAACAUCCAUUUUCACUAUCUGUUCUUCGUUUUAUGGCUUGUAGUUGGAGGACUGUCCACGCUGCGCAUGGUGGCAGUUCUACUGUCUCGCACUGUGGGUCAGACGCCAAGGCUCCUGCUCUGUGGAACUCUGUCUCUGCUUCACAUGCUCUUCCUGCUCUACCUGCACUUUGCCUACCACAAGAUCAUAGAAGGGCUGCUUGUCACUUUAGAGGGCCCAAACUUAGCACCAAUGCAGCGUGUAGCCAGAGAUGUGCCUGUGCUAAUGCUCAACACCACUGUGGGGGUUGUGGGGGUGACAAAUAUGUCACAAUAGAACCCAUUGUUUUCUGUUGUGCUGUCAGACAUCUUUAAAGAAGAAAAUGUCAUGUUUUUCUAAAUAUAUAUUUUAAAGAAGGGGAAACAGUAAUCAGAGGUCAAAGGUGUUUGUGGUGGCAGGGGACAGUGGAGGGGACAGGGGGUAUUUAGCUGCAGGUUCUGUAAGGAAAGCUUCACAUUCAUGUAUUUAUAAUUUCUGUACAAAACCAAUAAACUAUAGAAACAUUCA